UUUUGUUUUUUCUUUGAUUUUCUAUCACUGUGUGCGUUGUGUACGCCAACCUGCGGGUGGCAACAACACGCUAAGAAACGUCUAGUCUGCCCGGAAAUCCAAGGGGAGGGAGAAACAACAACGAUGGCGGACAGGUUAACGCAACUUCAAGAUGCAGUCAAUUCGGUACGAUAAAUUUUUUAUUCAGCUAUUAUUACACCCCACAAACGAUUUCAUGGUCAGCAAAUUGUCAUGUCACGUUUAGGUUGACUGACUUCUUAGUAUUUAGAAGUGGACUAGGCUGAAUAAUGACAGCUAGCUAGUUGGCUAAGUUCUCGGUUGCAAGGUUUGCUGAGCUAACGUUAGCUAUCUAACAAACAAUCACGUUAUUUAAUGUCUUAUGUUUUGUUAAAUCAAUAUGCUCAUGACAGUAUUUUCAUGACAUGUGUUUUUGAUGUCAUUCAGCUUGCUGAUCAGUUUUGCAAUGCAAUCGGGGUGCUGCAGCAGUGUGCGCCGCCUGCUUCGUUCAACAACAUUCAAACAGCAAUCAACAAGGACCAGCCAUCUAACCCCACUGAGGGUAAGGACCUGUCCUAAGCUCAGAUGUUAACUGUAAUAUUAGAUCCAAGUGGGAUACCGUUGGGGCAUGUUUGCCUUUGGGCCAGGCAACCUGAGUUCAAGACUUAAACCCACCGUUUGCUACACUGGUGUCAGAAGUGGGAUGUACUCCACAGAAAUAGAAUCAUUAAUUCUAUUUCUAUGAUGUACUCUCCUGUGAUGCAGUUGGAGGCAAGGACGGACGUAGGAAGGCACUUGCAAGAAAGUUGAAGUGCUUCCCGUUCUGAGGGGUUUGUGUAACGAACCUAGCCAAUGUAAGUCUGUUACGACCUUCCCCAAGUUGGAGCAGUGGUCAGUGUGUUUGCCUUCGGACGGGGUGACCCAAAUUCAAGACACACCCUUGCCAUUCGCUUACAUUAUAUGUUAGCCACUAGCAAUGUGAAAGUCAUUUUUGACACUUUGUUGAUACAAAUGUAAUCUCAUGUCGCCCAAAUAUGAUACAAUUUGACGGAAAUCACGACUUUGACCGCACAGCGCUAUUUGCAUAUGAAACGUUUACGGAUUACACCUUUCAUUUGUAAUGGGGUUGUUUUUUCUUUCCCUAGAGUAUGCACAACUAUUUGCUGCACUGAUUGCCCGGACAGCUAAGGAUGUGGACGUGCUGAUUGACUCACUGCCCAGUGAGGAGUCCACGGCAGCUCUACAGGUAUGGAGGUUGAAUUGACUCCUGUGAUUCAACAGGAGUGGAAAACCUCCAACUAGAGUGCUAUUCCCAUGUUGAAAAUUAUUAUAGUGUGUUCUUUCAAGUGAAAGCGAUAGUUCACUUCUAAUUCUGUAUUGCUAUACUCUUACUUUGAAAAUAGCAUAUGGGGCCUGGGGGAGGACUGGCUGGAAUCUGUAACUACUUUGGUUGCAAUCCAAGUCAGACUUGUAAGUAGCUAUCAUUAGCAUUGGUUACCAUAGCCCUGCCCCGGACAUACAAACAAAUGGCUUGGGUAAAUCGCCUUAUAAGAGGUGGGAGUAUUGACACUCCACUCUCACUUUGGCACACAUUACUUCAAUAAGUUCAGCCUCAAAUAACUACAAUUUCUAUACAUUUUGUAUGGAGAUUUGAUGGACUUUCUUCCCUCUCUCGUUUUUCCCCUCACCCCCUCUCCCCUCCUCCACCUUCCUUGUCUUACUCCCUGCCCCUCUCCCUAGGCGGCCAGUCUGCGGCAGUUGGAGGAGGAGAAUCAUGAUGCAGCGGCACGUCUUGAGGAGGUGGUAUACCGAGGGGACUUGCUACUGGAGAAGAUCCAAGGUGCCCUGGCUGAUAUUGCUCAGUCACAACUUCGUACUCGCAGUGGAGGGCCCAGCCAGCCCACACCGCCCGAAUCAUGA